CUGAGCUUUGGGUGCGCGUGCUUUUUGGGAGCGCGUUCAAAGCACAUCGGUCUUGCUAAGCUCUUGAUUCCCGACAGCCUACCUCGAUUCCGGGCAUUGUUCAGUUGCUCAAUAAGAACCUGUGAGUUACAGGUAGCUGUGUUACGCAACAUCUAACAACGUCUAGCCUUCUGCACCAACGAUUUCUGGUGCAGGGUCAGACUUGGCAGCGUGGCUUACAGCGGAAUGGGUCUGCUCCGACUUCUGGUGCUCUGCACCCUGGCCGCCUGCUGCAUGGCCCGCUCUCCUCCAGGCCCACCCCCGCCACCCCCACCACAACGUCCCUUCUCACCUCUGCAACCCCUGGGCUGUAACGACUCUCAAGUGCUGGCAGUAGCAGGCUUUGCCCUGCAGAGCAUCAACAGAGACCAAAAGGAUGGCUAUAUGUUGAGCCUUAACAGAGUUCAUGAUGUCCAGGAACACUACCAGGAGGACAUGGGAUCUCUGUUCUACCUCACACUGGAUGUCUUAGAGACUGGCUGCCAUGUGCUCAGCAGGAAAGCACAGAAGGACUGCAAACCGAAGAUUUUCUAUGAGGCGGUUUAUGGUCAGUGCAAGGCAAUGUUUCAUAUCAACAAGCCAAGAAGAGUACUCUAUUUACUGGCUUAUAACUGUACACUUCGCCCAGUUUCUCAAAGAAAGACUCAUACAAUGUGCCCUGACUGCCCGAGACCCUUUGACUUGUCAAACCCCAAUGUUCUGGAAGCUGCCACAGAAUCGCUUGCGAAGUUCAACAGUGAGAGCCCAUCAAAACAGUAUGCACUCGUGAAAGUCACCAAGGCUACGGGCCAGUGGGUGGCUGGCCCUUCUUACUAUGUGGAAUAUUUGAUCAAAGAGUCACCAUGUACGAAAUCCCAAGCCAGCUGUUCUCUCCAGCCCUCUGACUCUGAGCCUGUUGGUCUUUGCCAAGGUUCUCUGAGCCAAACUUCUACAAGACAAUUUCCUUUUAGAUUUCACACCUUUGAAAAAACUGUCACUGUGACUUGUGAGUUUUUCGAAUCUCAGGCUCAGGUCCCUGGAGGUGAGAACCCUGCUGUUACUCAGGCCCCUAAGAAAGUCCCUCAGAAAAACACAGCAGUCGCUACCAGCUCCCCCUCCAUAACUGCACCAAGGGGAUCUAUCCAGCACCUCCCUGACCUGGAUGUUGAGAAGCCUGAAGACUCCAAGGGAGAGAGUCCUGAGGAAACCUUUCCUGUGCAGCUGGAUCUAACCACAAAUCCCCAGGGGGACACACUGGAUGUUUCCUUCCUCUACCUGGACCCUGAGGAAAAGAAACUGGUGGUCCUGCCUUUCCCUGGAAAGGAACAGCGCUCCGCUGAGUGCCCAGGGCCUGCAGAGGAGAAGAACCCUCUGAUUCUCCCACCCUGAAACUCUCUAACUGGGUUCCAUAGGAGUAUGGUCCCCUGCAGUAGAUGGGAGGUGGUGGGAAUUGGGAAGAACACAGAUGAUCAAAUGUAGACAGGCUAAUAAAGUGUGUCCUUCUGAUGCUUCUCUAUCUCAA